AAGAAAAGAUAGAUAUAAACUUCAUCUUCCUUGAUAAUAAUUUCAUGUCCGAACCAAAUAGAUCAGUUGUUUCACUUGUUUUCCUCCUCGUUUUCUCGUCCAUGUUUUCACAGAAGAUGGUUUUUGGAUCACCACCACCUGUUCAUGAACGUAUCAUCAAGAGACCAGACCCUCUUCGACAUUUGAAGGACUACAAAGGGUUCUUUAAUGUCACCAACAAGCAUUACCGGGCAUCAACGGCAUUUACAGGAAUUCAUGGAUAUGCAAUGGCGGGAGUUUGGACAUUGUGUGGAGCAUGUCUUGGGAUUUUCAUGAUUUUCAAGAACUCAUUAAGGAGCAACGAAUCUUCUUCUUCUUGGUUUACUGUCCAUUUGGAAAAUUACUUUCUGCUGCUGCUUAUAUUGUUCCUCCUCUUAACGUUGCUCGCCAUAGUUGCUGCCAGCUUUGUCAUUGCAGCAAACCAGAUCUCACUGCAAAGAACAAAGGAACUGAAAAAUACUCUGGUCCAUGGUGGACUCGAUGUUGCUCUAUCCAUCCGAAAAAUAAUUACUGCAAUGACAAGAAUGCAGUACCUUCUUCUUCCUUACGAUCAACACACGUCCGAGAAAUUGAAUGUGACGACUCAUAGACUCGGAAAGGAAUCACGAACGAUUCAUGAUUUCAUUAGAGGUCAUAAGCAUUCUCUCGAUGUGGCAGUUCAUAUUCCAUACAUAGCACAUCUUGGUGUUGCCAUUGUCAACCUGCUAUUGUUGGUUUCUGCACUAGUUCUGCUCCUGUUACAUUGGCACCCUGGACUUAUCUUUAUAAUUCUUUUGUGCUGGAUCUUAACAGUUGUGUGCUGGGUUUUGACCGGUUUCGAUUUCUUCCUUCACACUUUUGCUGAAGAUACUUGUUCAACUUUUGAAGAUUUUGUGCAAGAACCACACAACAACAGUUUAACCUCAAUAUUACCCUGCAUGAAUUCAACGAAAUCGGAAAAUUUAAACGCAAAAAUAGAUGAGGUGUGUGAAAAAAUGGGGAUCAACGAACAAAGUUUCGAAAUGCUCGGCGGAUUUCGGAUGAUAUGUGACCCGUUCACCGGACCACCAAGCUACAGCUAUGAACCUGAAGCAUGUGCUGAAGAUGCCAUCCCCAUCGGCAAAAUACCAGAUAUCAUUUCAAGGUUUACCUGUUACAAGGAGAAUUCAACUAAAGCAUGCAUAGAUGAUGGGAAGUUCAUCCCAGAGGAUACUUCAGACAAAGCAUUGGCAUACAGCUACACUGUUGAGUCAUUGCUUGAUGUAUAUCCUGAUCUGCAGAACUUGACAGAAUGUGUAAUGGUGAAGAACACAUUCUCUAAGAUUUCCCUGAAUCAAUGCAGGCCAUUCAGCAAAUCCCUUUUCUGGCAAUGGGCUUCCAUGCUAUCCCUUUCCAUUUUCAUGAUGUUUUUAGAGUUAACUUUGAUUCUCAAAACUUAUCAAGUAAAGGGAAGAAACUUUUCUAUGUUUUCAAUCUUCCCCAACCCAUCAAACUCUACUAAUAUAGAACAUCAAAAUGUACAAUGAAUAUUUCUAAAAAUGUAUCCUUUGUAAAUAA